UUGUCACUUGAAAACACUUGUUCUUGCUGGUGUACUUGUCAAGGCUGCUACAACUACUGGAUUAGUCAAUAUAAAAAUGUCUCAUAAACCCAACAAUCCCUUUAUUGAUGAUGUGCCUGACUGGAGUGCUGACUUUUCCAACGACAUACUAAAUACUGGUAGCAGCAAUAUAGCCAAUCCUGCCUCGAAGACAGUCGACUAUGAUUCUCAUGCACAGUCAUUAUGGAAACAGGAUUCAUUAAUAGACAGAACUGUGCUGCCUGCAUCUUCUUCAAAUGAUAUUCAUAUUUCAGCAUCCAGAGCAAUGGCAAGCAAAUCAAAAGACUCGGCUUUGCUGGAUUCUUCAAUAUCCUGGCAUCGGCCUCUUGAUUCACUUUAUACCCAUAUUUCAGAUAACCAAAUCUCAGAUGGUCUACCUGCUGCUUUUGCACAAACCUCUACUUACUCGGAGAAAUCCCAUUCAGACCCAUUGCAUCUUCAACUUGAUCACAACAAUCUGGUGGCUCAGCAUCUGUCAUCAUCUAGAGUAUCUUUCCAAGCUCAUUCUGAUGUCGAUGAUGGUCACAGCGAUUCUGUGGAACUUUUGGAUAAAAGAUACAAUCCAGAUACGCUCUUGAAUUCUAUGGGAUGUCAUGCAACUGACAUUCAUUCUUCAAAUCUGUCUUUGAAUGGGUCUCCACUAUCACCUUGCGAUACUGGCCAUUCUAGUACAAGUGAGACUCGGUCUAGGGCUUCUCGUCCUAGAAGAAAGCGAGAGGAUGUGUUUAGGCUUCCUGAACAGGAGUUUUUGGAUCUGGUUUUGCAAGAGGAAAAUCCACUACUUAUCCGUGAACUUCUCUCUCAGCGAUUAACUUACCUGUCAUCUAAUAAUUUUGCCGAGAAAAUGGCAAAUAUGCCUGCAUGGAUGGUUGCCGUGAGCAGAUGUCCUGCUAUUAUUGCAACAUUGUCACUUGAGCUGAUUGUAGGUGCAGUCAUUAGCUCACGCCAUGAGCUCAUACGAUCUAAUAUGAUGAUUACUUCAUUCCUUCCUGUUCUAUCCUCCAUUGCUGGCAAUGUCGGACUCCAAGCAUCAACUGCAACGUUGCGUGGGUUAUCAACUGGCCAUGCAUCAGCAUCCAGCAUCUCAAGCGUGAUUCGGAUCUUGCUGAAAGAGUUUUACGCAUCGUUGGUGGUUGCAAGCUUCGCUGGGAUUUCUCUCAUGAUUAUCUCGUCAAGCUGGGCUCAUGCGAUGAAUUUCGGAAUUGCGACGGGUCUAUCUGCUAUUUCUGGAAUUAUGGGUGCACUAGGUCCCCUCACGUUUCGUGCAUUGAAAAUAGAUCCGGCACUUAUGGCUGGACCUUUUGAAACAGCCAUGCAGGAUUUGAUAGGUAGCUCAGUAUACCUUGGUUUCUGUGCUGCAAUUCUUGGAUAG